GGGCCCCGGGUCCUGCGUGUGGCGGCGGCGCUCGGCCCGGCCCGGCUCGGCCCGAGAUGGCGACCAAGAACUUCCGCGUGAGCGACGGCGACUGGAUCUGCCCCGACAAGAAGUGCGGGAACGUGAACUUCGCCAGGAGAACGAGCUGUAACAGAUGCGGCAGAGAGAAAACGACGGAGGCCAAGAUGAUGAAGGCGGGGGGGACGGAGAUCGGGAAGACGCUGGCGGAGAAGAGCCGGGGGCUGUUCAGUGCCAACGACUGGCAGUGCAAAACCUGUGGCAAUGUGAACUGGGCACGGAGAUCAGAGUGUAACAUGUGCAACACCCCGAAAUAYGCCAAGCUGGAGGAGAGGACAGGCUAUGGAGGAGGAUUCAAUGAACGGGAGAACGUGGAAUACAUAGAGCGGGAGGAGUCCGACGGGGAGUAUGAUGAGUUUGGGCGCAAAAAGAAAAAGUACCGUGGGAARCCUGUGGGUCCCGCCUCUAUCCUGAAGGAAGUGGAAGAUAAGGAAUCUGAGGGGGAGGAUGAGGAGGAUGAGGAUGAAGAUCUCUCCAAGUAUAAAUUGGAUGAGGACGAGGAUGAAGAUGAUGCUGACCUGUCCAAGUACAACCUGGACGCCAGUGAGGAGGAGGACACCAACAAGAAGAAGAAGCCSCCGAGGCGCAGCCGCUCCAAGUCCCGCUCCUCCCACUCGCGCUCGUCCUCGCGCUCAUCCUCUCACUCGAGCUCAAGGUCUAGGUCCAGGUCCCAUUCCAGGAGUUCUUCCAGUUCCAGAUCAAGAUCCCGCUCCAGCUCGAGGGAGCAGUCGCGAUCUCGUGGGUCCAAAUCCAGAUCCAGCUCCAGGUCCUACAGGGGGUCUUCCACCCCAAGGAAAAGAUCUUACUCCAGCUCUCGCUCCUCGUCUUCCCCCGAGAGAGGCAAGAAGCGGAGCCGCUCUAGAUCCUCUUCCUCUGGUGAUCGCAAAAAAAGGCGCUCGAGAUCACGGUCACCCGAAAGACGCCGCAGAUCUUCCUCCGGAUCCUCCCAUUCCGGUUCCCGUACGAGUUCUAAAAAGAAAUAAUGUAGAAAAAGCUCACAUUUACAAAAACCCACCAAAAUUCCAGUCAGUGCAUGAGACAUUUUUAAGAAGUUGGUGUCUUACUUGGUCAGAAGUGCUCAAUCUGCUAGUAGAGGUGCAUGUCUGUCCUGGCUUUCUGGCAAACUGCAGCUUUGUUCAUCCAUCACCCAAACGUGCAGUAGCAUUUUAAGCCAUAAACCCCCCCGGCACAGGGGGAAGUUCUGCGGUGUUGGGGCGGGGGUUUAUUAUUUUUGAAGAUCAGUUCCUCCAUUCCUGGCUCCCUCAGAUGGAGGAGCAGGUUGGCAAUGUCCUGGCACAGCUCUUUGUGUGAGGAGGAAGCCGUGAGUUUUCCAGAGCAUGGGACCACAGCAGGGGCAGGGCUGGGCUCAGCUGGUACCAGCACUGAGCCUUAGGCUGAGCAGUUUUUUCUUUUGCCACGUAGCAGUCCCAGUGCAGAUGGACACCCCUGUUUAGCAGCUCAACCCCCCAGUCCAUCAUGAUUCCACAGAGGGAAUUAACCUCCAUUCCUGGGCAGUGAGGACGUUUGCAGCCAGCACAGUGCUGUGGCUGUUUCCAGACCCGGACUCCGUGAUCCCUCCUUACAAACGGAUCAUUUGGGAUCUGCUCUUGAGCUGGAGGAGUAUGGAACUGGCUCCUUGGAAUCAAGGGAAGCUUCCGCAGGCCGCCUGUAAAAUUCCCUUUGGGGCUGACUAAAAUUUUCAAGGUAUCUCAAUUUUAUUUUUCUUUAAAACUGAGAAGGAAUAAACUGUCUAGAAAGUU